AGAUCUACUGGAAUCCCUUAUUACGACGAAUAAGAGGGUUAGAUCUCUUAAUCUCUGCCCCUGUUCGGCUAUUCCUUGUUGCCGCAUCUUCUUCUAGAUACCUCCUUUCUCAUCCCAAAGAUCUCUCUUCAGAAACCCUAAAAUCCUCCCUCUCUAGUUGGAAGUCCAAGCGAUCGCUCGGUAAUCAGAAGAUGAAGAUCACCGUGAUGACCCCCGACGACCGGUUCAUUACGCUUGACGUCGAUCCCGAUGAAUCCGUUGAGAAUGUCAAAGCGCUGCUUGAGGUGGAGACGAAUGUCUCUCUUCAUCAGCAGCAGCUGCAUUUCAAUGGGAAGGAGAUGAGGAAUUCAGACCGGUUGAGCGCCAUCGGUGUCGGUGAUGGUGAUAUGGUGAUGAUGGUUCCUCAAGCUGCACGGGCAUCAUCUGCUGAACUAACUUUAAAUACCGAUGGGUCGGCUGUGAAUCCUGCAUCCUUUCGGCAUCAUGUUAGGCGUGACUCUCAGUUGAUAACACAACUUCUUCAGAAUGAUCCACCAAUGGCACAAGCUAUACUUGGAGAUGACCUCAAUGAACUUCAGAGUAUCUUGCGAGAGCGCCAUCGGCUGAGAAACGAAUUACAGCGAAAGCAAGAGGAAGAGCUUGCUCUGAUGUAUGCUGAUCCUUUUGAUGUUGAAGCUCAGAAAAAGAUUGAGGCAUCUAUCAGACAGAAAGGAAUUGAUGAAAAUUGGGAGGCUGCUUUAGAACACAACCCUGAAGCUUUUGCACGAGUGGUUAUGUUGUAUGUAGAUAUGGAAGUCAAUGGAGUACCUUUGAAGGCUUUCGUUGAUAGUGGAGCACAAUCUACAAUAAUCUCGAAAAGCUGUGCUGAGCGUUGUGGGCUAUUGAGACUACUUGAUCAGCGUUACAAGGGCAUUGCUGUUGGGGUUGGGCAAUCAGAGAUAAUAGGUCGAAUACAUGUAGCACCAAUUAAGAUUGGCCAUGUAUUUUAUCACUGCUCCUUCACUGUGUUGGAUGCACCCAAUAUGGAGUUCCUUUUUGGGCUUGAUAUGCUGCGUAAACAUCAGUGCAUAAUUGAUUUGAAGGAAAAUGUUCUAAGAGUGGGUGGUGGAGAGGUUUCAGUGCCAUUUUUGCAAGAGAAAGACAUCCCCUCACAUAUCCGUGAUGAAGAAAGAUUCUCAAAGCAAGCUUCUCUUGGCCCAGGAUCUGCUCCAGAAUCAUCAGGUGCACAAGAGAAGACUCUGGAUAUCUCUGCAAAAAACCAGUCUUCUGGAACCCCUACAAAUGAUCGUACACAGGAUGCUGAUUUUGAGGCGAAAGUCAAUAAGCUUGUGGAGCUUGGAUUUGACAGAGCAUCAGCAACACAGGCCCUUAGACUGUUUAAUGGCAAUGAAGACAAAGCUGCUGCAUUUUUAUUUGGUGGUUAAGCAUUUUAUUUUCUUGAAUUAUAAACUAUUCAUUUGGGAACCAGAACUAAUUUGCUCAACCAAACAAGCAUCAAUGGAUGUUUCCUGCCAGGGCAUGUUUAUAUUUGAGAAUUCUGAUCAGAAAGGUUGUCAAUGAGCAAGAAAACGAGGGUCAUUUGCCGUCACAACAUUGUGAUUUUAAUAUUUUGCAUCAUGAAUUGCUAAUUUUCUUCGACUGGAAACA